AGUGAGAAAUUGAAGAGAGAAAUUAAAAGAUGGAGUUCUUAGCAGCAGGUAGCAACAAAAGCUUGUUGAUCAUUCUGCUAUUCUGUGUUUCUGCCAUACUACAGACUCGAGCAGAAACUAAAGUUUGCUACAGCAAGGGCAGUCCAUGUUUUAUGAAGAAGAUACAAUGCCCUACACAAUGCCCGUCCUCUUCACCAUCCGACCCCAAAGUAACUAAGGUCUGCGUUGUCAACUGUAACUCCCCCAUAUGCAAAGCUGAGUGCAAGAACCGCAAGCCUAACUGCAAUGGUCCUGGAUCAGCAUGCCAUGACCCUCGCUUCAUUGGUGGAGAUGGCAUUGUCUUUUACUUCCACGGCAAGAAAAACGAGCACUUCACCCUGGUUUCCGAUCCCAACCUCCAAAUCAAUGCCCGCUUCAUCGGUCUCCGCCCUAAAGGCCGAAGCAGGGACUACACAUGGAUUCAAGCCCUAGGACUUCUCUUUGACUCUAACAGCUUCACACUCGAGGCGACCCCAUCACCAACAUGGGAUGAUGAAGUUGAUCACUUGAAAUUCUCUUACAAUGGUGAGGAGCUGAUCAUCCCAGGAUCCGAUCUCUCCGUUUGGCAAUCUCAGGAAUCUACCAUUAGAGUGGAGAGAACAUCAACCAAUAACAGUGUCCUAGUCACUAUCCCAGAAGUAGCUGAAAUCUCAGUAAAUGUGGUGCCUGUGACAAAGGAAGAUGAUAGGAUCCACAAAUAUCAGUUACCAUCGGAUGACUGUUUUGCUCACCUUGAAGUGCAGUUCAGAUUCUAUGGCCUUUCCUCAAAUGUUGAAGGAGUGCUUGGAAGGACUUACCAGCCGGAUUUCAAGAACCCGGCAAAGCCAGGAGUAGCCAUGGCAGUAGUUGGAGGUGAAGACAAGUACAAAACAAAGUCACUUGUUUCUGCCCAUUGCAUGGCUUGUGUGUUCACUCAGGCCGGUAAUCAAAAGGAUUCAAUUGUGAUGGAAUACAGCAAGCUGGACUGCACUGAUAAUACCUUCAGUGGGAAUGGAAUAGUUUGCAGGAAAUAA